AUGGGCGGCUCCGACGUGGUGGCCAUGGCCCGCACGGGCUCCGGUAAGACCGCCGCCUUCGUCCUGCCCAUGCUGCACAAGCUCCAGAAGCACUCGUUCCAGUUCGGCGCCCGCGGCCUCAUCCUGUCGCCCACCCGCGAGCUGGCCCUGCAGACCCUCAAGUUCUGCAAGGAGUUGGGCCACUUCACCGACCUGCGCUACUGCUGCCUCAUCGGUGGCGACAACAUGGAGGACCAGUUCAGCCAGCUCACCCACAACCCCGACAUAAUGAUCGCCACUCCCGGUCGUCUGCUUCACCACCUGCUCGAGGUGGAGAUGAGCCUCAAGUCCGUCCAAUACGUCGUGUUCGAUGAAGCAGACAGACUGUUCGAGAUGGGUUUCGCGGAGCAGCUCAAGGAGAUCAUGGGCCGGCUGGGCGAAGGUCGGCAGACGCUGCUGUUCUCGGCCACGCUGCCCAGCUCGCUGGUCGAGUUCGCCCGGGCCGGUCUCACGCAGCCCUCGCUCAUCCGACUCGACACCGACAUCACCGUCUCCGAACACCUGCGCAACGUCUUCUUCACCGUGCGCGCCGAAGAGAAGGCCGCCACCCUCCUUUGGAUGAUGAAGGCCAUCAUCCCUCAAGACCUCGGCGCGGUCGUGUUCGUGGCGACGCGGCACCACGUGGAGUACCUGCAGGAGCUGCUGCGAUUGGGCGACAUCAGCGUGACCUCGGUCUACGGCACGAUGGACCAGACGGCGCGUAAGCUCAACCUCACCCGCUUCCGCAACGGCCAGGCGCGCGUGCUGCUCGUGACGGACGUCGCCGCGCGCGGUCUCGAUAUCCCGCAGCUGGACUACGUCAUCAACUACGACUUCCCGGCGCGGCCCAAGCUCUUCGUGCAUCGCGUGGGUCGCAGGUCCGGUACUGCCUACUCGCUCGUUUCGCCCGACGAGCUGGCGUACAUGCUGGACGUGCACCUGUUCAUGGGGUGGAAGCCUAAGCACGUGGUGCCGGAGGGCGAGGAGUACCACGAGAGCGAGGUCUACUACGGCCGGCUGCCGACCGACACCAUCUCCUUCUACUCUGAAUUCGUGCUCAACUCUCUCAACAAUCACUCCGACCUCCAAGCGCUGUACAAGGUGACGCUGAACGCGUACAAGCAGUACCACCGCACGCGCACGGCGCCGUCGCCGGAGUCGGUCAAGCGCGCCAAGCAGCUGCCGUCGGACGGGCUCCACCCGUGCCUGGCGCGCUUCGGCGUGGUGGCCAAGGAGCAGGUCGAGGCCAUCGACUUCAUCUCGAGCCUCAAGAAGUUCCGACCGCCCCAGACCGUGCUCGAGAUGCAGCACGGCGACGUCGGCUCCAAGCGCCGCGGUGCCGCUGCCCUCACCGGACAGGGAGCGUUGGAUGUGAUGAAGCACAAGCGGGAGCAGCACGACGAACUGAUCAAGCGGCGGAUCGACGGCCAGCAGCAGGAGCUGACCGAGAAGAUGCAGACCGAGGCCGACGACGAGGCGCUGUCGCAGGCCAUCGCCAAGGAGGACGAGGACGAGAACGAGAACGACGCUGUCGUCGAGACGAGCAAGCGCAGCAGCGCCGCCGAACACAACUCAGUCAAGAAGCGCAAGCGCGAGCCGGAGACGUUCAGGGACGAGGAGUACUUCAUCCCCAUGUUCCAGCAGGGCAGAGCCAAGGAAGACGCGCUGUCGGUGCGUGACGACUCGCGAGGACUGAUGGGCGACGUGGCCAUGGACCUGAUGAGCGACGACAAGCAGACCAUGAUGAAGAACAAGAACGCCAUGCGGUGGGACCGAAAGAGGAAGCGCUUCGUGACGGCGGCUUCGCUCGAGGCCAAGGAGAAGAAGGGCGGGUUCAAGUUCAAGAACGAAUCCGGCACCAACGUCGACGGCACCAAGAAGAUCUCCAUUUACAAGAAGUGGACGGAGAAGACGCGAGCCCACAUCCCGAGCGUGGGCGACGACGAGACCACGGUGCGGGCGGUGCCGGUCGAAGGCGGCAAGUACCGCCACAAGGCGCCCAAGGCCGCUUCGACCGGCGGGCGCAGCGAGCUGCGCGGCGCCGAGCAGAUCGGAAAGGAGAAGAAGCGCGUCAAGAAGCUGCAGAUGCGGAUGAAGUCUGGCCGGGCCAACAACACCAGAAUGGCCGGCAUGAGCUCAACCGCGGCGGCGGCGGCGGCGGCGGCAGCGGCGGCGGCCGAGGUGGUGGAGGCGCUGGCCGAGGAGGCGGAGGCGGUAGGGGAGGCGGUGGUGGCGGUGGAAGAGGAGGCAGAGGUGGAGGAAGGGGUGGAGGAAGAGGAAGAAGGUGAACAGUGGCUUCCCAAGGCAUCCAAAAGCAAUCAAAGAGGAAAAGAUCUUCUCCCACACCAUGGUGAUAAUUGA